AUGGGAGCAGCCAACGAGAGCGGGGUAACUGAGUUUGAAUUAGUUGGAUUCUGGGACCUACAGCCGUUUCACACUCCCCUCUUUGUCUCCUUACUCCUCACUUACUUGCUCAUCCUCACGGGCAACUCCGUCAUCCUAGCUCUCGUUCAGAGCAGUCCCCGCUUCCACGUCCCCAUGUACCGCUUCAUCGCCGUGCUGGCUACCCUCGAGAUGUGCUACACCACAGUCACCAUCCCCAAGAUGCUGGUGGAUCUUCUGGAGGGGCAGAACCGCAUCUCCUUCAGCGGCUGCCUCCUGCAGAUCUAUUUCUUCCAUGCCCUGGGCAUCACGGAAGCCUGCUUGCUCACGGUGAUGGCUUACGACCGCUACUUAGCCAUCUGCACCCCUUUGACCUAUCCGGCCACUAUGACCACCAAGUUCUGCUUGCUGCUCGUGGUGGGAUGCUGCACUUGUGGCUUUGCGUGUCCUCUGCCGGAAAUCAUCCUCAUUUCCUCACUGCCAUUCUGCGGGCCCAAUCGCAUCGAGCAUAUCUUCUGCGAUUUCCCUCCAUUGUUCCGUCUCCCUUGCGCUGACGUGUCCGGUAUCAUCAUGACGGACUUCGUCAUCCAUGCCUCGGUCAUCCUGGGUCCUGUCUUCCUGAUUGUCUUCUCCUACAUGAAGAUAUUGACAGUCGUAGCCAAAACCCAGAGCCCUGAAGGCCGCCAGAAGGCAUUGUCUACCUGUGCUUCUCACCUCAUUGUGGUCUUUGCCUUUUUCGGGACAACGGGGUUUAUGUACAUCCGUUUGACUCAAUCCAGAUCCUUGCAGUACGAGAGAGUCAUUGCCGUGAUCUAUGCGGUCCUCACCCCUCUCUUCAACCCAGUUGUCUAUAGCCUGAGAAACAAAGAGAUUCAGGAAGAGAUCAGAAAAAUUACUAAGUUUCCAAAUCUAUCAUUCAAGACCUGGCGGCAUGGUUCAUGCUGA